CAUCAUGCAUGGUAAAGUGGAGGGAUCGUGAAAGCGAGGCAGACCCUUGACGAGAUGGACUGACGCAGCGGCUGAAGCCUAAGAAGAACUGUGAGGACCGCACAGUGGUACUGAGAACUGACUUACUGGCGCCUAGCAACCGCAUGACUACUCACGCCUCAUGUUGGUGUGAGUUUCCCCAGCCAGGAACUUGUCCUUCCUUGUAUUUCUUGUCGCCAGCUAGUCGAUUGGUAAAAAAUUGGAGCCCAUUGUUGUAGGAUGUCCUUUCCCAGGCACGGGUCUGCCCUGAUCACAUGAGAUAAAGCUAUGGGUCUUCUGACAGUCUGUGGUAUUUUAAAUAUUUUUCACCAGCACCACAAUUCAAGUGCAUCCAUUCUCUAGUUUUCCUUAUUCAGUGUCCAACUUCCACGUGCAUAUGAGGCGAUGGGAAACACCGGGGCUCAGGUCCUGCACAUCUCAGGCUUCCAGGUAACAUCCUUGCCAUUCAACACGUGAAAGAGAUCGCCUACAGCAGAUCUGCCUAAUGCAAUGCGGCAUUUGAUCUCUUGACUGCUGAUUCCAGGAGCAUUGGUGUGGAUCCGGGCAAAAUGACAUCCUUGAUAACUUCGGUCUUUUUUCUAUUCAUCGUGAAGCUGUCUGGUGGUCUAGCUGUGAGGAGUUGUUCUUUUUUCUUUUUUUUUUUACAUUGAACUGCAAUCCACAUGGAAGGCUACCCCAUCUUUGAUUUUCACCAGUAAGAAUUCUGCCUCCUAAAGACCCUAUACAUUCCGUCUCACGGAGACCCUACGUGGGGGUCUGAAGACAGACAGCCUUUAUGGUUGCAGACAGCCUAGUCUCUCCCGCAGAGCCACUUGCUGCUGUAAAGGUGCCACCAAACAGGACAUCCGAGAGCAGAUCUGGGAUUACAUGGAGUCAAAGAACUUGGCCGACUUUCCCCGCCCCGUUCACCACAGGAUCCCUAACUUCAAGGGGUCUCACCUGGCAGGCCAGAACAUCAAAGAGCUGGAAGCUUUUGGCAGGACGCAGGAAAUCAAAGUAGACCCUGAUAAACCGCUGGAAGGGGUGCGGCUGCUGGCACUGCAGAGCCGCAAAACGUUGUUGGUUCCCACGCCGAGGUUGAGGACUGGGCUGUUCAACCGGAUCGUGCCGCCGCCAGGGGCCGGCAAAGACGUCCUGCGGGCAUGCGCCACCGCGCAGGGGGUGCGGAACUAUAGUGUGCCCAUCGGCCUGGAUGCGAGCGUCCUCGUGGAUAUGGUUGUGGUGGGCUCCGUGGCUGUCUCCGAGCAAGGCUGGCGGCUCGGGAAGGGCGAAGGCUAUGCUGACCUGGAGUACGCUAUGAUGGUAGCCAUGGGAGCUGUCCGCGAGGAGACGCCUGUGGUCACCAUCGUCCACGACUGCCAGGUGGUCCCCAUCCCCGAGGCCCUGCUGGAGGAGCACGACCUCACUGUGGACUACGUGCUGACACCCACACGGGUCAUCAGGACCGGCUGCCAGCGCCCAAAGCCCCGGGGCAUCACGUGGUCUAAGAUCAGCCCCGAGAUGCUGCGGCGGAUCCCAGUGCUGAGGGACCUGCGCAGGCAGGAGCAGCAGGCGGGCAAGGACGUGGCCCUGCGGGGUGAGCUGCUGCACCCCUGUGCCACUACCCCCAGCCGCCUGCACGGGGCGGGCUGCCCUCCCACCACCACUGCCACUGUCCACGUGGGGGGCCUGCCCGCAGGUGCCAGAGUGGGCGAACUGAAGAGGGCCCUCCGAGAGCACGGGGCUGCACCCCUGCGGCUGGCCUGGCAGGGCCCGGGGCCCCCAGCGGUCCUCAGCUACAGAGACCAGGCAUCAGCGGAGCGGGCCGUGGCCUGCCUGCAGGCACUGCAUCUGGGCACCAGCAGGCUGUGCGUGGAGCUGGCUGAGCCGCCGGGGGACAAGGGAGCUGCCAGCCUUGGUGUUCUGCCGACCCUGGACAGACCGCAGCAGGCCCACGACUGGCCUCGUGAACCGCCAGAGGGGUGUAGCCUGGAAUAAACUCGAUCCGCUUC